GGGAUGACUACCUCCAAAAACAUAUAUUUUCUCUCUCUCUCUCUCUCUCUUUCUCAGUCUCGCGGAAGUGAAGUCGAAACCUACUAAAAAUACGAAUAAGGAACGAGGCGCGGGACGGUGAUUUAUCGGAAACGCGCUCUCAAGAUAAUCGAGGCGAAUCGCAUAUGUCGAACCGUUUAUUUGUACGUGUACGUCAAUCGACGGGAUACGUCUGAUCGAUUUCGACGUGUUUGCGCGCGAAACCCGCUGAUACCAAAGGGAUCUAUGCAGCGGGCGUUUCCGGCAAAAGUGUUCGUUUAUGGAUUUUUCUUGCUUUGAACUGCGCGCACACACGUGUAGCGCGAUCGUGUGAGCGUCGCGUGAUUGCGGCUAUUUGAAUUUAACAACCUAUCAACACCUUUAUUCGUUUCUCGCGCUGGACACUGCGAGUAUCGACACUGUCCGACCCUUUUGUCGAAGGUACUCGUUACCUACGACCUCGCGUUCGAUCGAAAAACAGAAUUUUCCGCGAAAAGAAUUAAAUCUACGCGAAUUCUAAUUACUUGGAUAAUUAAUAUCCAUUAUAUCCAUUUGGAUAAUUAAUCCACUUGGAUUAUAUCCACUUGGAUAAUUAAUAUCCAUUAUAUGAUCAUUGUCCUUUGAUUGCUUACAUUGCUUCGGUUGCAGUUUUGUUGAAGUUUGAAAAAAGAUAUAAAAAAUCACUUAAUAUUCUAUUAUCUCUCGCAAUAUAGUUUACUCGGUUAAAUUGUUCUGAAUAUCUUUCAUUCCAUUAAACAAUGUGAUUAAACAAUUAAUUAUGCGAUUUACGCAAUUGUAGGUGGAGUAUUGUGAUAAAUAAAUAUUAAAUGAUCUAAUAAGCAUCUGAAAAAUAGGUAAAUACAAUAAGAAACUUCUUUUUUACAUGAUAUAUUUACUAUUAUUUUUUAUUCGGGAUAGAAAUUCGAUAGAAUUUGAGAGGAAAUUGCGAAGAAUUAAAGAAGAAAGAGUUGUAAGAGCCUCGCCUGCUUUCUUGCGUCCUGUAAUCCGUCCUGGAGUCCUGAUUGUCAUCGUAGCUGAGCGCUCAAUGAUGUCACGUGAAAUACGAAUCGGUCGGAAACGCGGCGUUAAUUAACGAUUGAGUGUUGAUCGAUGUCGAUCGUCGAACAUUAUAAGCGACAUUUCCAAUAUCUCCAACGCUAUGCGUUUCACCGUCCUGGUAAUUUUAUCAUUUCAUAAUUUGAUAACCCCGAAAAUCCGGAAUAUUUUGAGAGCGUUAAUGCUGCGAUUUCUUCGACGUCGCGUAUCUUGUCAUUAAUCAGCAGGCGACGAUGGCUCGCAAUCGGCGGGAAGUGACUUUGCCCUUUCGACGGCGCGUAUUGUUUUGAUACUCUCGCGCGCUGUAUACUUUCCCGCGAGACCAAGUCAUUACGUCUCGAGCCGACGAACAAUACGCAUACCACGGCGCGGAGUAUGUGUAUCGGUACGUUAUUUACAUUUUCUCGCCGGUGAUAGAAAUGUAUUCCGCCGACUUUGAAGUAUGUCAUCGGACUCUCGUGGGUAUCGCACUAAUUAACACCCGUUUCUCCGAUCGAAUCGUCGUAUCGCGAGUGUUUGCGUCAGUGGUGAUGAGUGUCCUGUGCGACGAAGAAAUCAAGAGUAGAGUGCUGAGUCUGAGAAGCCAGGACGGAGGGCGCAGGACGCCGGCGGGAUGAUACAUCAUAGAUUUCCAGGUGAGGCGAGGACGUGAGGGUUGAUCCGAUGAAUGGGGCCGAGCUCUGACAAAGUUUUCAGCCGAGGGCGAUCAUGACAGGAACAUACCGGAGAUCGAAAGCGCGUACGAAGAUGAGGAGCAAUUCGCCAGGGGCGGCACAACCCCUGGUGAAGGCGUCGUCGGUGAAGAGGACGACAGUCCAGGCGCAGGUGGCACGAACUUCCCUCUGAGAAUGGCGGCCGACACAGGGAGGGGCCGAAUCACCGUCGGCGGCUUCCUCAGAAGCGCCGGGCAGCACGUGAACUUCGACCCCGAGGCGCCUCCACCGCCGCUUCAUGUCGCUCAACAGACAACCGGUCUGCUCGAACGGCCGGAGGUCGACAAAAAAGUCAAGAGGCACAGCAUACACGGCAUGAUGGAGGAAGAGAACGUGGUGAGACCUCAUCAGGAAAUGGCCAGCCUCUCGCUUCAAGAGAAGAAAUAUCUUCUCGCUGUCGAGCGCGGAGACGUGGCUUCCGUUAGAAGAAUGCUCCAAAAAGCUCACGAGGCCGAUAUUAACAUCAACUGCGUGGAUCCCCUCGGGCGAUCGGCGCUCCUCAUGGCGAUCGAUAAUGAAAAUCUGGAGAUGGUGGAGCUUUUAAUAGAGCACAAGGUCGAUACCAAAGAUGCGCUCCUCCACGCUAUCUCCGAGGAAUUCGUCGAGGCGGUGGAGGUCCUUUUGGAGCACGAGGAGACCCUUCACAGAAAUGGCGAGCCUCAUAGCUGGGAGGCUCUGCCCGCUGAAACAGCCACGUUCACGCCCGACAUCACGCCGUUGAUCCUGUCGGCUCAUAGGGACAACUACGAGAUCAUAAAGAUACUGCUGGAUCGCGGAUCCACUCUGCCGAUGCCGCACGACGUACGCUGUGGAUGCGACGAGUGCGUGACAUCGAGAAUGGAGGACUCCCUGAGGCAUUCAAGGAGUCGAAUAAAUGCCUAUCGGGCGUUGGCGUCGCCGUCCUUGAUAGCACUGUCGUCUAAGGAUCCUAUUCUGACUGCCUUCGAGCUCUCCUGGGAACUUCGACGGCUCUCGUUCUUGGAGCACGAGUUCAAGUGCGAAUAUCAGGAGCUCCGAAGACAGUGCCAAGAUUUCGCCACCGCUUUGCUGGACCACACUAGAAGUUCCUACGAGCUCGAAGUCCUGCUGAAUCACGACCCAACGGGACCAGCCUUUGAGCACGGGGAGAGGAUGCAUCUGAAUCGCUUAAAGUUAGCCAUUAAACUGCGACAGAAGAAGUUCGUGGCGCAUCCCAACGUGCAGCAGCUACUGGCAUCGAUCUGGUACGAGGGCCUGCCGGGGUUCCGUAGGAAGAACAUGUUCCUCCAGGCGCUGGAGAUCGUCAGGAUCGGCAUCCUCUUCCCGUUUUUCAGCGUGGCGUAUAUCAUCGCACCUCACAGCGUGGUUGGCCAGACCAUGAGGAAGCCGUUUAUCAAAUUCAUCUGUCACUCCGCGUCGUAUUUCACUUUUCUAUUCAUGUUAAUUCUGGCUAGUCAGCGGAUAGAAAGCGUGAUCGGUAAUUGGGUGGGAGACAACCCCGACAUGCAGCGCGAGCCACCGCCGACGAAGAGAGGUGCCGCCCCGACGAUCGUGGAAUGGUUUAUAUUGGCCUGGGUGUCGGGACUGAUCUGGUCGGAGGUCAAGCAAUUGUGGGAUGUGGGCUUGGAGGAGUACGUGAACGACAUGUGGAACGUGAUCGACUUCGUAACGAACUCGCUCUACGUGGCCACGGUGGCGCUCAGAGUCGUAGCUUACUACAGGGUGCAAAAGGAGAACGAGGGUCAGUUGCCGGGGUCUCCAGUGAUCGAGCUCCAACGUGAACAGUGGGACACGUGGGACCCGAUGCUUAUCUCCGAGGGCCUCUUCUCCGCCGCCAACAUCUUCAGCUCGCUAAAACUCGUCUACAUAUUCUCUGUGAAUCCUCACCUCGGUCCGCUGCAAGUUUCCCUGUCGAGGAUGGUCAUGGACAUCAUGAAGUUCUUCUUCCUCUAUGUGCUGGUGCUCUUCGCCUUCUCGUGCGGUCUCAAUCAACUUCUAUGGUAUUACGCCGAUAUGGAGAAGAAACGAUGCCCCACGGCGAUGCCGUACCCACCCAACGCGAACGUUACCACCGACAGCAACGCGUGCAUCGUUUGGCGCCGUUUCGCCAAUUUGUUUGAAACCAUACAAACGCUCUUCUGGGCGGUCUUCGGUCUGGUGGACCUCGAGAGCUUCGAGCUGGACGGUAUCAAGGUCUUCACUAGGUUCUGGGGUAUGCUGAUGUUCGGCACUUACUCGGUCAUCAACAUUGUCGUCCUCCUGAAUCUCCUGAUCGCCAUGAUGAAUCACUCCUAUCAACUAAUUUCCGAGCGCGCCGAUGUCGAGUGGAAGUUUGCGAGGAGUAAACUUUGGAUCAGCUAUUUCGAGGAGGGUGGGACCGUGCCGCCGCCGUUUAACAUCAUACCGACCCCGAAGAGCGCCUGGUACGUCGGACAGUGGAUGUACCGGAAGCUCUGUGGACACAGCAGGGCCGCCAAGAAGGAGCACAUGCGGACUAUCCGGCGAAAAGUGAAACAAGCUUCUGAGCGAGACUUCAGGUACCAGAGCAUCAUGAGAAAUUUGGUAAGACGAUACGUCACUGUGGAGCAACGGAAAGCAGAAGGUGAGGGUGUCACAGAGGACGACGUGAAUGAGAUCAAGCAAGAUAUCAGCGCAUUUCGCUGCGAGCUCAUCGAGAUACUGAAGAACUCCGGCAUGAAUACCUCCACCGCGGCGAGCAGCGGCACCGGUGCGGGCGGCAAGAAGAACCGCCAGAAGGAGCGGCGUUUGAUGAAGGGUUUCAACAUCGCGCCGCAGCCGGGCGGGAGUGGCACCUUGCCGCCCGUGGCCGAGUUUAUAGCGUCUCUGCAGCAAGUGCAGCAUGAGAACUCCCAUCACGAGCUAUUUGGCUCCACUCUGAGCGGCAUAUUCGGGCCGGGCACGACCCCGAAGAAGAGCCCACAUCAUACCAGCACUAAUAGCGUGCCGGGACUCACCACCGGGCCGCGACAAAGCCGCGGAAUCAGAGGUAGCUCUAGGAAAAAGCCUUGGGGCACUCUGAUCGAGGCGGCGAAAGCCGGCAGAGUCUCUAGACUGAUCGGUAGAUCUCGUUCGGAGGACUCGGUGUACUCACCGGCGUCCGACGACGGCGGCUCACGAUCCGACGGCUCCUCGGACUCCAAGUCCUCCUUGGAGACGCCCACCGCGAGCCACGACGCGCCAGUGCAGCCUCCUCAUCACUCGCAUCACCACGUGCAUCAUCACGAGGCGCAUCACAUGUUCGCCCACGGUCUGGGCCCGGCUUUGGCCGCCCUGAGGAAGAAGCGCAAGAAGUUCUCCGUCUCGAGGUCCUCGACGCCCGCGAUGACCAGCAGCACCAACACGAACCCCGCGGACUCGAGCGGCACGAUGCUUCCGAUCGCCAGCGCCUUGGUGUCCAGGGUCUCGAAGAAGCAGCUGCAACGCGCCAGCAGCGUGCCCACCAGGGGUCCCGACUUAACGCCGCAGUUGAUAGUGCCGCGACGGCACGAGGUCACGCAGAGCCAGCAGCCCAGCCUCGACGUCGUCGAGAUCGCCAGCAUCAGCGAGCAGCAAGGUGUUGUCAGCAUGGUACCGCUGACACCGUCGACCACCGAGGAGAGCGUGGUGGCGAGCGGCUCGACGUCGAUCACCGUGAAGCGAAACGGAUCGGCGACGCAGCUGCAACGUCUUCCUGGCAUCGAGCCGAUUUCCGGUCACGACGUGUCGGCCGGGUGGCUCUGAGGAAACCGACGUGUCGCCAGCGGGCGACAACAGACCAGUUGACACAGGAAGAGCCAGUCGGAACUCACCGAGCUUCGUUUUCAACGGCCGUGAGGCUAGGACGACGCCGAUGUGACACGAUCGCAGCAACGCGGCGCGACCGUCCCGGCGUCGGCAGACGCACAAUGAUGCCUUUCUCGCGACGACGCGCCAUGCCGAUUAAACGUAAGAGUGACGUCGAUCGGGAAUCUCGAAGAACCUCUCCUCCACCCUCUUCCCUUCCCAUCUCUCCAUCUCUCUCCUCUUUCCCGCGUCGACCCACCGAGACGCUCCCUCCCUCGUGAGUGAGUAUUCUCUGGUACAAGCGCGGCCUCGUUUUCGUCGUAUUCGUUCGCGCGCCCGACGAUAACGCGCGCAGCUCGAUACUACCGACUCGAGUUAUCAGCAUGCGCGCAUGUUCCUACACUGAAAGAAGAGCAGUUGGAUCGACAAAAUCGACGGUCACCUGCCUUCAAAUGAAAUAUUGUAUCUGUUGAACAAAUUGCGUGUUAGCGCGACAGUAAGUUGCGUCGACACGAUCACGGACCAAAUCGCAAUCAUUGAAUCAAGUGAUAACUCAUCACAUAGCAACUAUACAAUUCGUUCAGUCGACUGAACGAACAGAGUUCGUUCAAGCAAAGUCUUAUUAAGUCAACCACUUUGCCUAUUACCCAGCUUUUCUCAGUAUAUUUAUCGUAUUUCUAUUCAAUUUUUCCACGAACGAAUUAAUUUGUCUUCUGGUCUUUUGUACGUACCGGAGAGUGUCUCGUGUCUUCGGCGAUUUGACGAUUCGGCUGCUUCUCAUUUGGUGGUAUCAAAUUAAGUAAGGUAAAAACGGCACUUGAGUUCGCGCGCAGGCACACGCGAGAAAGUUCCGCGUCAAUUGCGCGAUAUCUUAUCGCGUGCUCCCGUCCCAAGAUUCGUGGGAACCGCAAAAUCUGUCGUGUACGAGCGUACGAUGGAUUUACCACGGGCCGCGCCAACUCUUCCGCUUCUAUCGCACUUGGGGAGCAUCGAUCGAGCCCUUCUUGCGUGACUAUCUUUGAGCGACGAUCGACGGUAGAUAGUACUGAGAAUUACUACUAUUACUACUACUGCCAGAACGGAAGUGGCACGUGGGUCGGCGGCGAAUAGCCUAGUCAACACUAGUCACAGGAGAUCUCAUUAACAGGAAAAAAGGAAGGAGAAAGAACGACGCAGAGGAAACGACACAAUUAACUACUACGUUGUUAAGUUAACUUAAUCGAGGAACGACGAGUGGCUCGCGUCACUUCGCGGCGGAAGUCGCGAGUGGAAAGUCCAGGAGUCUGUCAAGGCGCCUUCAGACAGCCAGUCCUCCGAAGAACGAAACUCCUUCGCAGUUUCUUGGCUCCUCCUCCGGGAGCGCGAUCGUUCGUUUCUUCUCGACGCUUCGUUUCUUCCGCGCAUCUCUCACAGACUCGCUCCGAUCGCAAACUGAUCGGUACAUUUCGUCGCAAAUCGAUGAGCAAUUUUGAUUGUUUCUUUUUUCGUUCUACGUAGCUUAGACAACGGCCACAAACGACGGCGUCGAGAAGGUAAUUGUAUUCUUCCGCGAGACGAUCGCGCCGCAGAUUGCACCAAGGGGACGGUUGGAUCCCUUACAGUUCCGUUUCUUCGAAGGUCUUUCACUUUUUCUCUCUCCCUCUCUUUCUCUCUUUCUCUGUCUCUUGGGAGACCCAAGAAAGUAGUCGUCUUAACGAUUCCCAAGGACUACAUUCGCGACUACGCGCUCUUGAAUUCCCGUAGUCGCGAACGUACGCGGCUCGCCCCUUAAGCGAUCCAACGAAUACCCUGUGCAAUCUGCCUGCACUAAAGACUACCGAGUUAGCUACCGAGAUCUUUCGUUACGUCGUCGAGUCGCCGGGGGACGCCGGAUCGCACCGAGAGCGGCCAGGUCCUUCGCGAGAGGCGCAGAGGACGCAGCAGGAACAAGUGGCACGACCAAAGAAACACGCCGUAGCGUAGUCGAGUAGAGGCCUAACAGAUGUGGAACGUGGAGAAUCGUACUAUUUCCUAUAGAUAUUACGUGUAUAUGUACGUUAAUAAUAAUAAUAAUGAUUAUUAUCGUUAAUGUUAAACGAAUCGCGCGCGCGCGCGCGCGCGCGCUCAGUCAACACCACGGGCGAAGUCCUCCGAGAAGCGAGUCGCCCUAAGGGCACCUGUCCAAUCGCGCCGUGCUCGCUUCGUCUCUCUCUGUCUCCCUCUCUCUCCCCCCUCUCUCUUUUCCUGUGUACUCGUCAUCGAUCCUCGCCCGUGGUUGUCUCGAUAGCGCCGUAAAAACACAAGGAGAUAUAGUCAUUAUUGAAGCGCUGCACGCCUACCAAGCGAGCUAAACCGCCGCGUCGUCACGUAACUCCAAGUCACUCCGAGUGACGCGCGUUACGCGGAGAAAAAGAGAAUACUUGACAAUUUAUUUCUGUAGGAUGUAGAGUUUAUUUCACAGAGAUAAGGACUUUGUAAUUCACUAGUCACUUUUCCAGUGUUUCUUCUCGGUGUAGCUUGAGUGAGGAAUGGCGGGAAACGUUUGCACAAACGGGUGAGUUGUCACCGGUGAUUUGGAGAUGUUCAGAAUGUCGAAUCGCGCGAAGGGGAUUAUGUUCAACAGUAAAUCCGCGUACACCUACCGUGAUCUCUGAGUUACGUCUAGUCACGUCUAGUCUAGGAUACAAUAUGACGGUUUGGCGCUCUUAGUAGAUGUAUAGCGAUAUCUAGUCGCGUUAUACCGCCUACGUGUAUUAUUUAUAUGAGAUUAUUAAUGUAACUGUGAAGCUAGAUAUCGCCAGUUGGCGGUGAGUCGUAGCGAGUGUUCGUUGUGACAGAAGAGAGGACGAGGAGAACCCACCAUUAAAGCCGAGAGGAGAAUCAGAAGGAAGAAAAAACAAAGAAAGGGAGUAAUAAGCGGAACCAACUGACUUUAAGUAGACAUCUAAGUCGCUCGCGCGCGAGAUAGAAAACUCUAAUACAUUAUUCAAAUAACACGACAGUCUCUCUGCGAGUCCGAUCGAAUUUUUUCACGAUUACACAGAUUCGAGGACGACGUGUUCUCAUCGCAUCGCGCCGAAAGCAAAAGGAAACUAGAGAACAGUAAAAGAAGAACAGAAGCUCACGAUCGCGACGAAGAACAGAGAGCCGCGAGCGAGAGCCCGCAGCAGACUUCCUGAGAAUUUCCGGAAUCUCGCGUGUUUCCCAAAGGCGGCCGAUCGCGAUUCCAAGUCCGCGGUGAAUUACGAGCGUAUGAAUCACAAUGCUGAAGCGCUAAGAUAAUACCUGACGCAUUAAUCGUUCGCGUCGACCGUGUGUUGCCCGAGGCGAUUUAACUGCGUCUCAAAGCGCGCCGUGGUGGCGAAGGUGCGACGGAAAAGUAAUCGGACAGAUCCGGAAUGAGAUCGCAAUCGGCGGUCUUACGGGCGCGACACGCCGGCGAGUCGUGCCGAACGACGUUUGCUGUCCUCUCGAUGCCGCGAACUCGAUAUCGCGAUCUCCCGUCACGCUGCGAUUCGUCGCGAUGCAACGACGGAGCUUAAACGGAUUCGUGAGCGAAAGACGAGCACUCUUUAUCCGACAUAAUGCGAUUACAUCGACACUCCGCAUUGUAAUAUCGAUUGAAAUUCGAUGGGGAUUAGCAGACACCAAUCGACACAAAAUGACCAUUAAUAAAAUAUCAUUUAUUCUGAUA